UUUAAAAUUAUUUUUAGUUUAUAAUAAAGACACCUGCGUAAGAGUCAUUAAAACAGCUGUAGCUAAAUACGUUUUGAAAACAAUUCAAGCAAAGUAGCCUGCGCGUGUCUAAACAAACGUAGAAGCGUGUGUAUUGCGCAAAAAUGUUACAAUCUGUCAUUGCGAAAUUCUCAGCAACAGCAGCAGACACAACGGCAGCAGCAGCAACAACAACAACAACAGAAACAGAAACAACAACAACAAUCCAACCAGCAGCCGUUAAAAGACAAUAAAAAAAACACAAGAGUGCAACGAAUUACAUAGUAAUCAGUUAAAAUUUAAAACAAAUAGUCAUAGUUUUGUGUAUGGAGCAACAGCAGCUGUGAAUCUUAAUCAAAUUGAACUGUUGAAAGACUUACAAACGUAAAGGUGCGCGAACAGCUGCGUCUGGGACUGGCGUAGGCGUUGGCGUAGGCAGCGGCAGAGGCAGCAACAGCAAACAUACAAAAAAGCAAGACACCACAAAAUAAAAAGGCGAUGGAAAUGCGAGAGGUGCUGAGUCGUGAGGGGCGCGAAGCAAAGAAUUUGCUAGUCUACCAGUUUUGCGAUGAGACAACCGCAAACGGCGGCGCUGGCGCUGGCGCUGGCAGCAGCGCGGCCAGAGACGGUGGCGUUGUUGUCAAUGGCGAUAGUUAUUCAGCGCCCACAUGCCGUAAGCCGCCAGUGGCGCCGCCAAAAUCGCCGAACGGGCUGCAAACGCCCAAACACUGCCAAUCGCCGACGACGAUGCGCCAAGCAAAGCCGGGCAAUGGCGGCGUGGGCGCUGGCUCCACUGGACCGCGUGUGCGCAGCGCCUCAACGGGACGGGACAAGAAGUCGGAGCUGCAGGCACGCUACUGGGCGCUGCUCUUUGGCAAUUUGCAGCGAGCUGUCAACGAGAUUUAUCAGACAGUCGAGUGCUAUGAGAACAUAUCCAGCUGCCAGGAGGCCAUACUCGUGCUGGAGAAUUAUGUGCGUGACUUCAAGGCGCUCAGCGAAUGGUUUAAGGUCAGCUGGGACUAUGACUCACGGCCGCUGCAGCAGCGUCCGCAGAGCCUCGCCUGGGAGGUGCGCAAAAGCAAUCCUACGCCCCGUGUGCGUACCAAAAGCCUGUGCAGCCCCACAACUUCCGGUAAAUCCAGUCCAGCGCUAUUUCCCUGCAAUUCCGGCAAGACAUCGCCCUGCUGCGAUGGUCAUGUGACGCCCAAGAAGCUGCUGCGCGCCUACGACCAGCUGCCACGGGGCGCCAUGCGUGUCAAUGUCCGUGAACUAUUCGCGGCCAAUAAGCGCAAUGCGCAUGGCUCACCCAAUUCCGAUGCACUGGAGCCGACGCCAGCAGCGCCAUUGGAGCUGCCUGUGGACAAGCCAUAUGUGCAGCUAAACAAUCAAUAUUCACAGACAGAUCUCGAAGAUCCGCAUCUGACGCUCGCCGAUGUGCGUGAGAAGAUGCAACGCGAAGCAGCCGAAAGGGAGGCGGCCGAAAGAGAAGCAGCUGAACGAGAGGCGGCCGAAAGAGAGGCAGCUGCAAGGGUGCUAGCUGACAGAGAAGCGACUGAAAGGGAGGCAGCUGAAAGAGAGGCGACUGUAAAGGAGGCAGCUGUAAAAGAGUCGAAUGAAAAGGAGGAGGCUGCCAAGAAGGCACCUGAUUCAAACACUGCUCAGCCAAAGGAAGAAAUGGAGCCAGUGCAGCUGCCCAGCACAAUUGAGCCAAAGGAAACACAAGCAGAAUCUCAGCCAGAGCCACAUCUCGUGGAGCAGCAGGCACCGAAUCAAACAGCUGUUGCUGUCAUUGAGCCCACAGCUCUGGAGUUGACCGUCGCCCGCUUGGAUGCCAUGGAGAACGCAUUGUUAACAGCGCAGGCCAACAAGACGCCCACGCCGCCCAGCACGCUGCUUAAACCGGUGACCAUGCCGCCGGCAGAGAAGAAGAACCUAUCGCAGCCACUGGGCGGCACCAUGCAGAAUAGUCCGCUGAAGUACUCGAGUGUGCUCAAUCGACCGGCGGCGGCGCGUGGCGGCAGUCAAAAGGCAAAUGGACAAACGGGCGCAGCAGCUGCCAGCAGUACCAAAUUGGUCAACAGCAAGCCAGCCUUGGCCAAGACAGCGGUUCCACCAAACGGCUUGCGGCGGCUCAACAACAACAACAGCAACAACAACUUGAAGCCUUUUGCGGCACGCAGCGCACGUGUUCCACCGCCGCGUCCCAGCAGCAAAACGGAGUGCUAUGGCCCGCCUAACAAUGUGGCCACACGGCUGUCCGCCAGAUCACGGACCAUGCUAGACAUGAAUGGCAAUGCGGUGGCCGCCGGCGCCGUGGCAGCAGUGUUGCCCAAGCCGCUGGCCAGACGAACCGGUAGCACGCUGCUGAGCACAAGCACCACGCCGGUUGUCGGUAAGCGUGUCAGCGCGCCCAGCAUUCGCCUGAGCUCACGCGAGGACAUAGCCAGCUCGACGUCCACGCUGAAGGCCAGCAACGAACAGCUGAGCAGCUCACGCAGCACCCUCAAGCUGGACGAGCGCCAUUCGGAGCCCAAGCAGCUGCUGCCGGAUGCCAACGAUGGCUGGCUGACGGUCAAGAAUCGUCGUCGCACCAGCAUGCACUGGGCGAAUCGUUUUAAUCAGCCCACGGGCUAUGCCAGUCUGCCUACCCUGGCGCUGCUCAACGAGCAGAAGGAGGAAAAGGACAAGCAGCAGCGUGAGAGGGCGGCAGCCGCAGCUGCAGCUGCCAACAGGUGCCAGGCCAGCGGCAAACCCAGUUUAACCGGCAAAAUGCCCGCAACUGAUAUCAAACCCAAGGCUGGCAACAAGGCGGCCAAAAUGAUGGCGCCGCCGGCGUCCAGGCCAGAAAUCAAGAAUGCCAAGGCCAAGGUGAACUCGUUUCCAGCACAGCGCACAGCAGCCAAUGUGAAAAAGCAAGACAAAGAGAAGGAGCAGGCCAAGGAAAAGGACAAGGAACAGGAAAAGAGUAAAGACAAGGAUAAGGAUAAGCCGAAGCCCUCCAUUGGCUUAGCGCGUAGCAACAGCCAUUGCAGCCAUAAUAUUGUCGCACCCUCGCCAAAUGCACGCACCUCCAUCAUCAAGCGACAGAAAUCGGAUCUCACGGGCCUCAAGAUGACCUCCCUGCACAAGGAGUACAUGCGCAGCGAGAAGAAUGCGCUGCGCAAACAGCAAAAGGAGCAAAAGGAUCAGAGCAGCAGCAGCAACUCCACAGCGACUGACAAUGAGUCCAACAACGAUGACCACAACAAGAUCGACAUCAAAAUCCAGACGAACUGUGAGUUCUCCAAGACCAUUGGUGAGCUGUACGAGAGUAUUGCUCGGAGCAAGCUGCCCAACGGCUGUGCCAAGUCCAGCGCCAACAUGCUAAGUGCCUGCGAUGAGAUCGAGGAGCAGACCGCCGAGGAUGUGGAGGAGGAGCGCAACGAACGCAUUCUGGUCGAGGUGCAGGAGUCGCUGGAGCGUCAAAUACGCGAGCUGGAGAGCACAGAGAUCGAUGUGGACACCGAAACGGAUGAAACGGAUGGUGAGGUGCAGCUGGAGGAGCAAGACGACAAUACGGAUCAGGCGCUCGACGAUGCCGUCGUCUUUGUUACGAUGAGCGAUGAUGAAAACGCCAGCCUGGAGCUGCGCUACCAGGCGCUGCUGUCGGACAUGUCCUGGAACGAACGCGCCGAGGCAUUGGCCACGCUGCAGGCCUAUGUGGCGCGUCAUCCUGGCCGCGCACAGGAGCUGCACCAGAAGCUAUCCUCGCCCUCGCGCCGUCGCUCGCUGCAGGAGACCCUCAAGAAGUACCAGGCAAAGCAGGCACGGGCCCAGCAGAAGCGGGCGCUGUUGCAGCAGGAGAAGGCCGCCAAGCUGCAGCAGCUAUUUGUGCGUGUCGAGGACGUCAAGGCGGCCAAGAAGCAGCUCAUCGAGGACAAGCGCCAGAAGAUGGAGGGCCGUCUGCAGCGUGCUGCCGAAAACCGUGAGCUUUAUUUGCGCCAGAUCAUUGAGAAGGCGCACGACGAGGACAAAAAGCUGAAGGAGAUUAACUUCAUUAAGAACAUCGAAGCGCAGAAUAAGCGACUCGAUUUGCUCGAAGCCUUCAAGGAGACCGAGGGUCGCCUGCAGGAUCUCGAGCAGGAGCGUCAGAAGCGCGUCGAGGAGAAGGCCGCCAAGGAGGCGGCUGUGGAGCGGCGUCGCCAGGCGCUCGAAAAGGAACGUCUGCUUAAGCUGGAGAAAAUGAACGAGACGCGGCUGGAGAAGGAGCAGCGCAUUGGCAAAAUGCAGGAGCAAAAGGAGCGACAACGUCAGGCGCUCGCUCGCGAAAAGGCACGCGAUCGCGAGGAGCGCCUGCUCGCCCUCCAGGUGCAACAGCAGCAGACCACCGAGGAGCUGCAGCGCAAGAUUCUGCACAAGCAGCUGGAGUCGGCGCGUCGCCAUGAGGAGAACAUCGAACACAUACGCCAGCGUGCACUGGAGCUGACCAUGCCCAGCACCAGGCAGCAGGACGAUGUGCGCGGUGACGAGGACGCAGACCUGGUCAAUGGGAAUGCCACCAGCACCACCAACGAGGAUUGCGAUUUAUCCUCAACAUUAUCCGACAUGGGCGGCCUGACUGGCAGUCGCGAGCACUCGCGCAGCUAUAAGAAGAAGAUGAAGAAACUGAAGCAACGCAUGAGCCAGUGUGCCGCGGAUUACUUGUCCACAUUGGAGGCCCUGCCCGCCCAUGUGAAACGGGAUAGCAGCGUGCCGAAGCUGUUGCAUCUGGUGAUGAAGGGCGGCGGUUCUCAGGGUCUGGACCGUACGCUGGGCAAUCUGUUGCGUGUGAUACCAAAGGCGCAGACCUACGACUUUCAGGCGUUCCUCAGCAUGGAUGGGCUCGGUGUGCUGGCCAAUCAUGUGAUCAGCAAGGGCUUGGAGGACAAUGCUGAGAUCUCAAAGAAAUCCGUCACACUGGCCGUGCAGCUGUAUCGGAAUGCGUGCUCCGUUUGUCCACAGAUUGCGCGCCAUGCGCUUCUGGGCAACUCCAUUGCGACGCUCUUCGAUGCCAUCAGCAAGAGUUUCCAGUUACCCGAAGAAAAAUCACCACAACAUCCGGUCGAGUUAUCCACGGAGCUAAUGCUGGCAUGCACCGAGGCGCUAUCAUCCAGCUAUGUGAAGAAAAACACCCACCCUAAAGUACCGGAACGCCUACCGGACAUGAUAAACUAUGCGGUGAUCACUGGACUAAUUGGAAUGCUCUCGCGUCGUUGCAUGAAGGUGCGCGAGUCCAUUGAGCAGAACCAAAGCGUCAUGUUGAGCCUGCUGACCACGUUGGGCUUCCUGACGCGUUUCAUUGAUGUUUGUCCGCCCGGUCCUGGCGAUCCCACACGUUUGCUGGGCGCUGCCAAAUCCACGGAACUGUUCGGCACCGUCGCAAUGCUCGCCGGCUGUGUGGUGCCCAAAGGUGAAUGCAUUCCGCCGCGCACGACCGCCUUGGCGGCAUCGACUUUUAAUCUUUACGUGUCGCUGGCUUCGCUGGAUGUGAGCAGUUUUCAGGAGGUGCUUUCGGUGGAGGGUCCCUUGUCGGUAAAGCUGCUCGAUGUGAUGACCACAAUACUCAAUCAUAGCAUAAAUCAAACAAAUGCCACAGCAAGCUCGGAGAGCUCCACGAUGCUGAUAGACUUGAUAGCAUCGCUGGCAUUCUUCAGUGUGAACAAUCGCCGGCAUCAGGAGAUGCUCAUCACGGAACCGUUUGCGGUGAUCUUUAAGAAUCUGUCGCUGCUCUCGACACAAUUUAAUCCGGUCAUUUAUCCAUUUUUGGUGACCAUGUGCUAUAACAAUGCCCCCGCCAGGCAGCUCAUAUCACGCGACUUUGAUCUAGGGUUCCUCGAUGAGUACAGCAGAUCAGAUGCGGCCAAGCGAAAUCGUUUAAUACAAAUGAUGCACGGCAAGGGCAACAAUAAGAACAACAACAACAACAACAACAACAACAACAACAACAGUCAGCAAAACAAGGCCUGAUUGUAGAGAGUCUCUAUGUCUCUCUCUAUCUCUAUCUAUCCCUCUCACUCUCACCCGCUCUAGCUAUCUCGCUCUCUGCCAGUACGCGUGUGUCUGCCGCAAAGUGAUAUUAUUUUCAAAGAAAAUCAAACAAAAACAAAAAAAAGAAGAAAACUUCAAACAUUCGCAAGUGAAAAAUGCUUUGAGAAAUGAGAAAGCAUAUGAAUUUGCAAUUAUUUUUACAAUAAUUUAUAAUCAAUUGAUAUAUAUAUAUA